AGGACCGAGAGCAACGUUACAGAAUCAAGGAGACAAAGCAAAACAUCUGACUUGGUAAAACCUUUUAGAUUCCACUGGGAGUUUGCUGAAAUCCUUUUGUUUUGAUUGGUCUAAAGUGACUGAAAAGACGACAGUGUCACAAGGGCCGCGACACCAGCCAGAUAUGAGCCACCGUUCUCGAGCGUCCAGGGACAGGGUGCGCCAGCAUGUCCACUGUGAUUCCUGCUACAGCCGGCGCUGCAGGGCUCGGGUGGAGCCCUCUGUGUGCUGCGCCAUCACCCAGUGCCGUCUGCACUGCGGUGCUGUGUUCCACCUGUGCAAAGAGGAGGACCACCUGCUGCUCUGCCCCAACGUGAGGGUGCCCUGCCUCAACGCCGGGUACGGGUGUCCGCUGCAUCUGCCCCGCUCCGCCCGGGCCGCUCACCUGCAGGCGUGUCCGGCCAGCGUGGUCUGCUGCUCCAUGGAGUGGCUCCGCUGGCCGACCGAUGAAACGGACCCCCACGGCUUUGAAGCCCUGCAGAACAAUGUGCAGCAGGACGGGGACUCCCAAGGGGAAGCCCUAGAUGUUGCCAUGGCCAGGGUUGACCAGUCAGACCUUUACAGUCGCCUCAAGAUGAAGCCCCUCUAUCCAGAGCUGGUGGAGGAGGAGGUGGAGGAGGAGGAGGUGGAGGAGGAGGAAUUAAAAGACGAGAAGAAAGAGGAGAUGGCAGUGGGAGAGGUUGUCAGCGACGUUCCACACAAAGAUACCAGUGAAGAAGAAACCUCCCUGAAAACUGCUGGAAAAGGUGCCGCCAUCAGCAAAGAGAAAUACGACAUUUGUGAGAUGAUGUUCAGCAUGGAGAAGGGGGGCUGUGCAGCUGCUCAGGAAAACCUAGAGCGUCCACCGCGUGAUGAGAAGGGACGGCGGCACGGUGAGACGCUUCCAGAGGAGGAGGAGAGUUCUGCGGGGGACAGCGACUGCCCUCAUGACACGACCAAGAUGGGACUGGCCCCGUGGCAGGAGGGGGUCAUGGAGCGCCUCGGCCAGGAGCUCACCCCCCAGGAGUACAACAUAUACAUGGUGCAUCAUGGACGCAUGCUGAUCACCUUCGGGCACAUCGCGGCCUGUACGCCGAGGGAGAAAGACUUUGUCUACGGCAGCCUGGAGCCUAUCCCAGUGCAGACGCUGCGAUCCUUCAAGGUCCCGGUCAGCUAUCACUACCGGCGACGGGUCCAACUGUACGACGUGGCGUCUCGAGUACCGACCGAAAGUCGUUGUGUGGACACGUCUGACCUUGGAGUCAGCGAGGACACCUGGUUCAGAGACGAGGCAGAAACCACCUUGUUGGGCUACGCUGACAUGUCAGUCAUGGGUCACAAGAUCAGCGAGUCGAAGGCAGCGGACGGACUCUACGUUGACGUGGGGACACAAACGCAGUCUUUCCGCUCGGCUCCGUUUAAAGCGAAGACGACCCUGGCGGAGGUGAUGGCGGGCAGGCCGCAGAAGCUUCGUCUGCAGCUGCAGGAGCGGAGCGUGAGCAGCAGGAACCACAGAGCCAACUGUGUUUUCACCUUCGUCUGUGGUCACAGCUUCCACCGCAGGGAGUUCUCCACGCACUUCAGGAAUGCGCACAGUGACAUCCAGACAUGUUUGAGUGGCUGGUUUGAGCAGAGGUGCCCUCUGGCGUAUCUGGGCUGCACCUACAGCCAGAAGAGGUUUCAGCCCUCCACACAUACGGCAACCGUCACCUACGAUCAGCACCUGAAGUGUUUCAAUCUGCGUCCGACUGUUGAACCCUCCACUGGUGGGAGGAAGAGUGGAGGUGGAGCUGAGGGGGAGGAGGACUCUCUGAGCUCGCUGCCCUACGAGGUGCUGUGCCACGUGGCGGGUUUCCUGGACAGCCUGUCCCUGUCCCAGCUGGCUCUGGUGUCCCGCCUCAUGAGGCAGGUGUGCUCCUCUCAGCUGCAGGACCGAGGGAUGGUGACGCUCCGCUGGGAGAGGACGGCCUGCACCCGUGGGGGCGCCAGGUGGACCGCCAAGCCGGUGUGGGAGUUCAGCCGUCUGUUCUCGGCAGUGGAUUCAUGGCACAUGGCAGAUGUUCCUCCUAUUUCUGCUCAUCUAAAAGUCUGCCCUUACUACCAGACGUUUGCACGCGACGAGCCGGUUCCCCUGGUCAGGAUGAAUGAGCAACACAGCGGUGGCCAGAGAGACCCCAGCCUUGUCAACCACUUUAAAGAAAAGACAUUGAAACAAUAAAAACACACCCAAACCCCUUUGAAACCCUUUAGUGACCACAUUGAAUCAAAUGUAUACAGCAACAAUGAACAACGCAAUUAGAGGGUGUCACAAAGUGGAACAUAUAACACUUUUUAAGGGAUUUAGAGGGAGGAACAU